CCUGCGUGGUGCCCAUCGCACAUGUCUCCAAAUGUGUGUUUCGGGGUCUUCUCCACACUCCAACAUCCUUUCAUUCAAUGUUUAUUGCCCUCGUGACUGCCAUGCCCUCAGCAGACGAGCAACACAAGGAAACAUUAAGCUAACACAUGUAUUCCCAACACCGUACUUGAAUGUCAUUCAUCUAAAGGACUAAGGAAAACUUUCCCUCCUCUUCUCAAGUGUGACCACCCGCCACUUGACGCUGGAAUCCAGGCGGUUGAAGCCGUACGUUCCCCGCAACACUUUUCACUACAGCUUUGCCUUGACCGGGUCUCCAUUCCGGUUUUGGUUCGGCUACGGGAGUUUCCAUCCGUUCCCACCAUGGGAAUGUGGCGGAGGAGGAAGAACUUAGUGUUCCUCGUCUUCGUCGCUGUCAUCUGGUGCCUGACCUCGGCUAUCGCUAACGUUGACGGCGACAUUUACAACACUCUGGGGGGAAGGGUCUCUGCCAAGGCUGAACAUCAAGGCCAGGCAGCUCAACCACAACGCUACGGGACCACCGUACCACUGCUGCUGACGGGCCGGCACACGCGGCCACUCAGCCAACUGUCCCCAGGGGGUUAUCCUCCGUCACUGCGGCUGCUGGUACUCGUGGAAGGUGAGCAGCUGGUCCUGCUGCUGGAGAAAAAUGAAGGUCUCUUUGCCAGCCAUUACACAGAAACACACUACCAAGAGGACGGACACGUUGUCACCGGCGCUCAGAACAUGACGAAGAACUGCUACUAUCACGGGGAGGUGCAGGCGCAUCCCGACUCGGACGUCACCGUCAGCGCCUGCUCGGGCCUUCGAGGCUUCAUCACGCUUGAGAACAAGUCAUUCAUCAUCGAGCCGGCGUCUGGCCAAGAAACGGGCGUCCACUUCAUCUACCGAGCCGAGGAGCUGCGACUGACCCAAGGAGACUGCGGGCACGGGUUCAACAUGUCCUCUGUCGCGCCUGAAGACCACUUGAAGAAGCCCUUCCAGUCCUUCCGCAAUAGGCAUAAACGGCACGCACAGAAGACGACCAAAUACGUGGAGCUGAUCAUCGUUGCAGACAACAGAGAGUUUCAAAAACAGGGGAAGGACUUGGAGAAGGUGAAACAAAGACUGGCAGAAAUUGCCAACUAUGUGGACAAGUUCUACCGAGCACUGAACAUCCGUGUGGCCUUGGUGGGUCUGGAGGUGUGGAGCGACCAUGACAAAUGUCCUGUCACGCAGGAUCCCUUCGCCACCCUUCACGAGUUCCUCGACUGGCGCAAAUUCAAGCUGCUCCCCCACAGGCCUCACGACAAUGCUCAGCUCAUAAGUGGGGUUUACUUCCAGGGCACCACCAUCGGCAUGGCGCCCAUCAUGAGCAUGUGCACGGCCGAGCAGUCUGGGGGCAUCGUCAUGGAUCACUCCGAGAACCCGCUGGGUGCCGCCGUGACGCUGGCCCACGAGCUCGGACACAAUUUCGGAAUGAAUCACGACACACCGGAGCGCGGCUGUGGCUGCAGGAUGACGGUGGACCGGGGAGGCUGCAUCAUGACGCCCUCCACAGGGUAUCCGUUCCCGACGGUGUUCAGCACGUGCAGCAAGAAGGACCUUGCAGCCAGCCUGGAGAAAGGGGUGGGCAUGUGUCUCUACAACAUGCCCGAGGUCAAGGUGCUCUACGGGGGCCAGAAGUGCGGCAACGGAUACGUGGAGGAAGGGGAGGAGUGCGACUGUGGGGAACCCGAGGAAUGUUUGAAUCCGUGCUGCAACGCCACCACAUGCACGCUGAAAGGAGACGCCGUGUGCGCCCAUGGGCAGUGCUGUGAAGACUGCCAGCUCAAACCGGCGGGGACCGUGUGUCGGGAGUCGGGCAACUCCUGCGACCUUCCCGAGUUCUGCACGGGCGCCGACCCUCACUGCCCGGCCAACGUCUACCUCCACGACGGCCACGCCUGCCACGACGUGGAGGGCUACUGCUACAACGGCAUCUGUCAGACGCACGAGCAGCAGUGCAUCACGCUGUGGGGAGCAGGAGCCAAGCCGGCGCCGGGGAUCUGCUUCGAGCGAGUCAACUCGGCGGGGGAUCCUUACGGGAAUUGCGGGAAGGAUUCCAAAGGCUCUUUUGCCAAAUGCGAUGCAAGGGACGCCAGGUGUGGGAAGAUCCAGUGCCAGGGCGGAGCCAAUAGGCCGGUGAUCGGAACCAACGCCGUUUCCAUCGAAACCAACAUCCCGCUCCAAGAGGGGGGCCGUAUCCUGUGUCGGGGAACGCACGUUUACCUGGGGGACGACAUGCCGGAUCCAGGUCUGGUUCUGGCCGGUACCAAGUGUGGAGACGGCAGGGUGUGUCUGAGUCGCCAGUGUCAGAACGUCAGCGUCUUCGGCGUGCACGAGUGCUCGGGAAAAUGCAAUGGACGUGGGGUGUGCAACAACAAGAAGAACUGCCACUGCGAAGCACACUGGGCGCCCCCGUUCUGUGAGGGGGCAGGCUUCGGAGGGAGCAUCGACAGCGGGCCGGCGAGACUGGCAGCCCACAGCGUGCUCAUCGCCGUGGCCAUCCUGGUGGCGACAAGCGGCCUUCUGCUCGCCAGCGCCCUCGUCUUCAUAAAGAGGAAAACUCUGCUGCGGCUGCUCUUCACCAAAAAGAGCACCUUGGAAAAGCUCAGAUCCAUUGAGGCAAAGAGGCCCACCAGCCCAAUCAGGACCCAGUCCAUUUGUAGACCACUACCACAGCGGAAACCUCCCCCCAAACCAUGUGGGGCCAGCAUUUACAAGCCUUCUUCCCUCCUGAGCGCCGAGCCUCUCCUCCCCCAGCACAGGUUCCACUCCCACAGCCUGCGCCGCCUGCCUCUCUACCAGCCUCUGCACAUCAGCCAGCCCAUGCCCGUGUCACACGGCGUGGGACAGCCCACACUGCCUCCCCUGCCGGACCGACAAAGGCUAGCGCCGUCCCACCACGCUCUCUCACCGCCACCGGGCGUGCCGCCUUUUCUCAGUCUGCCCCGCCAGCCGGCAUCUUACCGACUGGUCCAGGACGUGGACAAGCCCAGUCCUCCCCAGAAGCCGCUUCCUGCAGACCCGCUGGGGAGAAGCUCUCGUCUGGGUCACGGCUCCCCGAUGGCAGGCGUUCACGUGCCGGUAAAAGGACUGUUGCCCAUCCCCAUCCCCACUGUUCCCAGGCCUCCGCCCAGCAUCCCUUUACCCAGCAGGUUUGCUUUUUUUUCAGACCUGCACCAGUGUUGCCCUACAGACCACCAAAGACCCCCAAAGACUGCUGCUGAGUCUUGCUUUCUUUUAAAAGCACGAGGAAGCUUUCUUGAUUUUUGCACUAAUCACUAAAGGGAGGCUCGGCAGCCAUUGUUUUUACACAGCUGGACUGUUGUUACGCCUCGGCGCUCCACGAGGGGGCGGUGUUACAGCACCGAAUGGAAGUGCAUAGUGCAGCGAUUCAAGUCACGUGACAAAAAGCCGGAAAUUAGCUUGUCGGGACUUUUUGUGAACACUUUGGAAGCUAAAUGAGGCUAUGAUCUCCCAUUGACUAAAAGGUGCUCUUUUGUCCUCGCUCAGGUACCAAUGGACUAAUGGUGGACUUAAUUUCAAAGUAUGUGUUUCGUAAUGUGUGAAGUACAUUUUGGAGACGAAUGGAAUGUCCACGUCACCAAGUGGUCCAUAAUGUAGUAAAUAAGCCAACAACCAUUGUCACGUUUCAAGCAUUUUAUUUUAAGUGAGCAGAAAAAAAGUUGUAAAAGUUAAGUUCAGUUAUUUUAUUUAUUAAGGCUGUUAAGGCGUAUGUAUGAAAGUAUGGUGUCAUUUUCCUCAAUAUGUUUUCUCGUUUACCUCCACUUCGUACCUUCAGUGUCUCCGGUGUUUUGAUGCUUUCUUGUCUUUCAUGUACAGCAGUUUGUACAUCCUAAAAUGUGGUUUAUUUACAUAAAAGAUCACGUAAAA